GUGUGUGCUGCCCAUGUUCACCAGAGCAGAGGCAGUCUCAGUGUGGAAAAGCGGCAAAGGCUAAAGCUUGUAAAAAAAAAAAAACCCUCCAUAAUGGAAUAUUUUAUGAACAUGGAAUAAAAUCUCAUUCAUCAGCAAGAAUCUGAAGGUGAACUGUUCUUCAUCAGCAGCGGAUACUCUCAAACUCAUUGGAGAUGGAAUAUAUGGAGCAAAUCCUAAACCACAAAGAUCUCUGCAGCCCGAGUUGGAUUUAUUUUUGAACUUGUGUUUUCUAAACCCAAAACCCAAAACAACUGUAGAGCCCAGUUUCUCUGACCACAUACCCAUCUGACGUUUCCAGGAAUUGAGGACAUGAGUAUUUUCAUCUCACGUCUAUCUCAGCGGGAUCAUUUUGGAUAUGGACAGCAACCAGGGGCAAAAAAUCUUUGUCUUGAUACUUAUGGAAAAUCCUCUCUGAGAAACAUUUCACUCAACUGGACUUUUUGAGAGAGAGAAAAAGGGAGCCAUGCAUAAUUUUGCAUGAAUGGUAAUGUGUGGAUAAUUUCCUGUCAAGCUAGGCCAGAUCCUUUCUUCUGCAUAGGACGCAAAAACUCGCUGGAACACCAAGAGUUUCAGUUGGAAUACUAAUUCUUGGAAAAUUUGCUGUGCUUUCCUGUGGUUUUAUUGUGAGCUCAGAAAACUCAGCAGUCAUGAACUUGGGCAAACUGUCUGGGCUGAAGGGCCUUGUUUCUCACUCAUCAGGGAGGCGGCGCUUUAAGGGGGAUCUGACUCCUGAUAUGAUAAGCCCACCGCUCGGAGACUUCCGCCACACCAUGCAUGUGGGCCGUGGGGGAGAUGUAUUCGGGGACACCUCGUUCCUUAGCAACCAUGGUGGUGCAGGGAACAGUGGUGAUGGAGACUCCAUCACUGCCUCAGAAAAGAGCGAGAGCUUCUUCUCUCGCACUCUACGGCAUGUCCGCAAGACUCCAGAUCGACCCCGGGGCGGUUCCAGGGACCUUUCUCCUCCACCUCCACCCAUCUCUCCGAUAAUAAAGAACGCCAUCUCCCUCCCUCGCUUGGAUGUGGACUCACCGAACGGUUGCCCUGUCAAGGUCCUGUUUUCCAGCACACCCAGGCCAACCGAAGACAGCACUUGCUCAUAUGGUAUAGAGUCUGGAUUUGUGACAUUGCCCAGGCUGUCACGCUCAGAGAGGCCUGUGCAGAGCGCAGCUCCUUCAUCCUUCUCUGCUGAGAUGCACAGUGGCUCUCUUACAGAUUUGACACAUACCCUCACCGUCCCUGAACCACUCAGCCUGUCUGACUCCAUGACUUCCUUUACCGUUGACCUUGGCCCCUCGCUCAUGUCAGAAGUCUUCGCCAUGAUUGAUAAGCCCAGUGACCAUUGGGAAGCCAAUCACAUCUCUAAAUCAGAGCACAAAUCCGAGCCACGGCCCAAUGGUGACACUGAAAUGAUCUCAGACACCAGAACCUCACUGGUGGAUUCACUUCUGAGAGAGGAUUCGGAGGGCCGGAGUCGCCUUUACGGAGUAGAGUGGGGGUGUGGGGAUGUGAUGAAUGGCAAAUCUCUGAAAUGCGUUACGGUAGGUGAUCUUAUGCGCUCCUACACUGCCAAGGAGCACGGCAUGGAGGCCAAAAGGUUCCAGGAGGCAGCAGAUGUGCUGGCCCGACAUUACGGCAGUGGAACAAACAGGAAAGCUGACAUGAGCAUCACCCAGAGGAGACAACCUUACUCCUACCAUGAUGAGGAAGAGGAAAUCAAGGUCUAGCCUGAAAGACUACUAACCUUAAGCUUUACAUUUCUCUUGUGCCAAAUGUAACAGAAGUUUGUCCUGAAAAUUUACAUUUGAAAACGUACUAUUAACCAAGCUUCUCUCUUGCUCUGUGAUUGUAUUUUUUUUUUUUUUAAAUAAGGACAGCACAGAACAUGAAGUUGAAAAAAAAAAUGCAGGUGAAUGCUAUUUGGUUUUUAAGAGGUAUGGCUGUGGAAGGAUGUUAAAGUACUGUAUAUGAUGGAUGCUAGUGUAUGUUUUUUAGCUUAGGUGUGGAUUUGAAUUAUGUACUGAGUGUUUCAUUGUGACAAUCGAUGAACAAAUUGACCUCAUCACUAUUAUUUUCAUAUGUUUGAAUAUGAGCAAUACGAACCUUAAACCAAGGAGUCCAAACAGCAAGGCAACUUCCUGCCAUAGCAACUACGUGAAUAACACUUCUCUUUGUCAGUGCAUGAACAGUUACAGCUACAGUAUUAAGGCUAAGCUACGGUAUAAGGUCAGCAAAAUAAACUACUCCUGACUGGUACAGUAUAUGUAAUUUUUACACCAGCAUUCUUAUUUUUAUGUUCCAGAAAUUUAAUACACAAAAUUCUGCAUAUAGACUCGGUGACUCUAAUUACACAUGUUAUACAUACGCCUUAUUACGGACAUAUUUAUUGCGGGAAACCUCUGUCAUAUUAUUAUGAACUGCAUAAAACUACUCAGGCAGUUCAGUUUAACCCUCUAGGCUGUUACAGUACAUACAGUAUAAGAAUACUGACAAGAGAAAAAUACAUUUUAAAAGUAACAUAACCUUUCCGUUUGUUAUUACGUUUAUUUAGGAGUAAAUACAAGGGCCAUUCAAGUCAAACCAAGACUUGUGGUGAAAUUUCUCAAGAAUGAAGGCUUAUAACCAAUUGAUAUUUUCAGAAGCCUUUAAGUAUGGUGACGCGACUCUUAUCUGCAGUAAAACAUUUAAAACAUGCAAAUAUUUUUAAAAAGGCUGGGAGGAAGUCUUUACUUUGAUCCAAGCAAUUUCCACAUGUUUGGGCCAUUAAAGGAAUUCCUGGGAGGCCAGCGAUGCAGGCAGUCCGAUCAUUUUUUCAAAGAUCCCGAGAAAUCCUUCUACCCUACAGGUAUCUGAGCAGUAGUGAAAUGCUGGGAUAAGUGCAUUAGUGUAUCAAGGGGUUAUAUAGAGAAAUAAAGAUCAUGAGUUUUUACUCUCAUAAAAACUUUCAGCUGUCCCAGUUUGACUUGACUGUCCCUUGUAUUUUUGCAUCUAAACACAACUUAUAAAUAAAAACACUUUGUCAAGUUUUGUACUGAAAACAACGUCAUACAAUAUUUUUUGUGACACACUAAAGCUGUAGAUUAUAACAGCCAAUAUGACAAUAAUUUGUAUGAAUAUUUUUUUUAUAUAUUUUGACAGAGAAGUUGACUUCUCAAUCAUGUGCUCUAUAUUGUGUAUAUAUAUACGAAUGUGUUCCUUUGCACAGGAAAUCUGCACAUUACUAAUGUACUCUUAUAAACAGUAUGAAUAAUAUAUCUAAUAAAAAAAAGAAGGAGAACAUAACACAAAAAUACAACA